AUGAAUGAUCCAACUAACACGUGUACUGAUAAUUUAACUAAUUAUAAUGCAAACAAAGAAUCAACUAAUAGUUUAAAUAAUAAAUCUUCGAAGGAUUUAUCUAAUAUCGUGAAUAAUAAAUCAAUUACUAAUCUAACUAAUAACUUGAUUAUUAAACCUCCUAAUAAUACAAAUAAUAAAUUAUUUAGUAGUCCAACUAACCUUUCAAACAAUACUACUUCUACUAAUAUAAAUAAUAAUUUUAAGAUUAAUUCGUUUAUUAAUUCAAUUAAUAACUCUAAGAAAAAAUUAUCUACUAACUCAAAUAAUAAUUUGGAUAAUAAUUCAUCCAUUAUUCAAAAAAAUACGUUAGAUAAUAAAUCUGUUAGCACUUCGUCUAAUAAAUUGAAUAUCAAAUCAACUGAUAGCUUAAAUAAUAAACCAUUUAGUAAUUUAGCUAAAAAUGUAGACAUGAAAACUUCUAGUAAUUCAAAUAAUAAACUGAAUAAUAAAUCUUCUAUUAAUUUAAAUACUUUUUCAAAUGAGGUGAUGGAUAAUAAUUCAACUAUUAACUCUAAUUUUAAAUCAUUGAGAAUUAUAAAUAGUAAUUUAAAUAAGAUUGCAUCUAAUAUUCCAGUCAAUAAUUUAUUGAAUAAUUCCAGUAAUAAUUCAACUAUCAUUGCCGAUAUAAAUGCAUUAAAUUCUACUAAAUCAUUCGCUACAACUAUCUAUAGAAAGCCAACAUAUACAGGCUUGAUAACUAAAUGGAAUUCCUUUGUUCCUUAUUCUUAUAAAGUUAGUACCAUAAGCAGUAUGGUGUACAGGGCAAUAAAAAUUUGUUCUUCUUAUGACUUGUUGCAUGAAGAAUUUGAAUUUAUAGAAUUUAUUGGUAUUUUAAAUGGCUAUCCAGAAGGUUUUAUAAAAUCACAAAUUCGAAAAACAUUAGGUAGAUAUUUUGAUAAAAUUAAUGGAACAUAA